AUGGCUGCGAUAACUCUUGUGUCUGAUUUGAAACCGUUCAAGACUAUGUGGAAGAUUAGGGUUAAGAUCAUUCGUUUGUGGAAGCAGUACUCGGCUGCCGGUGGCCUAACCAUUGAGAUGGUGUUAAUCGACUAUAACGGUGUUAAGAUUAACGCUUCUGUGAAAAAGGAUCUGGUUAAUCAAUUUGAUUCCUUCCUUUCACAAGGAAGUUCAAAUAUUCUCAUUAACUUUUCACUCAACCCCUCUUGUGAUGUAAUUGGUCAGAUUGUUGAGUUGACCCCAAUUGAAGUAGCAUCAGCAAAUGGGAAAGAAACUCAUAAAUUGACUUUGGAGCUUCGUAAUGAAAAGGAUGAACGGCUGCCAAUGGUGUUGUGGGGUAACUUUGCUACCGAUGUAAGUGAUGCUAUUCAAGGACGUGGUGAGAAUGCCAUCAUUUGUGUUUUGAGGUUUGGGAAAAUUAAAGUUUGGAAAGACGAGCGUAGUGUUCUGAAUGCGUAUAACGUAUCUGAUGUGGAACUGAAUCCAUUGACACCAGAAGUGGAGGCCUUUGCGUCGUUGUUGCCGAAGGACGAACUUGCAUUGGCAAUUGUUGAAGCUAAACCACUAGCUUUGACUACUGGGGUUGGGGAUAAAAAUGAUUUUCUGGUGAACACUCCUAGGAAGACCAUCUCAGUUGAACAGUGUAUUGUCAUGUGCACAAUAGCUGCAAUUGAAUCCGACAUGGGCUGGUAUUACUUGAGUUGCAAAGUGUGCUCGAAGAAGGUUUUGAAUGUGCCGAAUGACAACAUCGACGAGCAAGGAGAUGAAGAUGAAAUGGGAUUCCAUUAUUAUUGCGUCAAAUGCAAGGUGAAGAAUUCAAGGUUGAUGCCAAGAUACAAGUUGCAUUUGGUGGUGCUAGACAAUACCGGGAAUUCAAAAUUCCUACUAUUCGAUGCUAUUGCAAUGCAGAUACUAAAUCAUCUUUGCAAUGAGCUGACUGGAAGUAAUUUUGAAGAGAUGCAAGAUCCGGAGGAUAUUCUGUUGGCACUGAAAGAUUUAGUUGGUAAGAACUAUCUUUUCAAGAUUGGCAUUGAGAGAUUGGGAGCUUUGACUACUUUGGCUAUUGAAAACUCGGUUAUUUCAGAUGCACCAGAGGGCUCCUUCAUGUUGAAUUAUCAGUCUUCCCAGGAAUGUGGGUAA